UAGCCGCUGUGCGCUGUAUAUACAUUGGUAUCGUCAUGUUGAGGUCGUGGACAACUGUUUCGUGGAAAACGAGCUCACAACAAUGAUACACGCGAUCGACCGGAAUGAAGGCCGCCUCGAUACUGAGACAUUCACCCUCAGCGGCAAUGGGCUCGUACCAAGGGCAGUGGGUGGCGAAUCAGACGUCUUGUAUAAGUUUGAGAACCCGAACCAGUACUACGAAGGCAUAAUCAUCGGUACAAAUGAACAGAAGUGCGCCAACGUAUGUGGCAAUGGACUAGUGAUGCCCGGCAUUGAGGAGUGUGAUGAUGUCGGAACACCUGACAGCCUUGCAACACCAGAAAACGGCGAUGGCUGUAGUGCGUCGUGUACGAUCGAAGAGGGGUGGGAGUGUAACAAUCUGGAAACAUUCGAUGAUGACGGAGAACGACCUUUACUGCACACGUGGGUGAAGGCAUACAGAAAAGGAGAAAAAUGAGACACGAUGCUUGUGAUAUAAGUUGGAUUGUUCUCUCGUUGGGCUCUCUUGCAGCUCGGCCAAUGAUCCCCACCCUCAGUACCGACACUUUUAGCACUCGAAUCUUGCCUUUCACAGUGGGAAUUAUCCUUUCCGAGCCAGCCAAAUCUGGCACUUUUGAGGCCGGUGAUAUUGCACUUUCUGGUGCUGCUGAGGCGUCUGUUACUUCUCUGCAAACUGUCUCCAAUCAGCACUUCACAGCCAAUCUGGAGCCAACUAGCGGCGGCAGUUUAAGUAUUGAGCUGACAGCCGGCAAAGUGGAGCUGCACAAUGUGCCUGGCCAUUUCAACGAAGAUUCCAACGUCUUGACCGUCACAAUCGGUGGGUGCACAUGUAGAGAGACGAGAGGUAGGGCAUGAGUGUGGACGCGUUGUGGUUUUCUAGAUUCAACCAGACCGACUCCCGUCUUAGCAGCACCAGCGGCCUCUCCUGAUCUUAUUGUGGAAAGUGACCCUUUCAUUGUGACAGUGAUCUUCGACGAGGCUAUCAAGACUUCUACACUUACACUCAGUGAUUUUAGCGUCACGAACGCUUCCGUGGUCAGCGUGACUGAGACGGGGGCCUCCAGCGACACCUUUAGCAUUGGUGUAGCACCGGAUACAGAGGGAGGGGUACAAGUGCAGCUCCCAGAAGGCAAAAUUGAGGACCUGGUCGGCAACCUAAACGCGGCCUCAAACGUCUUGGUAGUUACCUACGGUGGGCAUAAAAGCAGACACGUACGUACAUACUUUGUGUCUCGCUUCUUCAUGUAUUACAUGCGCUUCUAGAAAUGCCGCCAACAACCAUUCCGCCGCCAAAAGCUGAACCUCCCACCACUACGGAAGAUGCAGCCCUCCCGCCAGGUCUUCUUUCUCGCAUCCUGGCAAAGAAAAAGCCAAAUGCCUACCUGCUUUGUACGUGCCAUGCUCAGGUGGAGGCGAUGGGCCGCCAGACGGCGAGAAUGGUGUGCCGCCAGAAGGAGAGAAUGGCGAGGCGAUAGGUCAGAUCCAUCAAUCGGCCCACCUGUUGGCAAUGCACCCGGUGUCUUUUUGCAGGUCCGCCCGAUCCGUCAGAUGGAGAGACGCUGCCGCCUCUUCCGCCAAACAUACCCUUUGAUCAGGUGGAGAUUUCGUCAGGGAGCUCAGAUGGCGAUCCAGCGGAAGGUUGCCAAAUGUCCUACUCAGCAGCAGGAGGUGAUCACAUGCAUCCAUGCAUACGUCAAAUGCUCUUUUGAUUGUCGCAUUAUUUACUCAUUUGUUGCCAGAUGUGCGUUUGGCCUGUGCCGACUCAGAAAGCAGGAAGUUCAUUUCUCUGGCCGAGAGCAGCGUGAUCGUGCACGUCGAAGGCUCGAGACAUGAUGACACUUUGAGGGGCAACAGCCAAGACAACACUUUGGUUGGAGGCGAUGGAGCGGACACACUCGAUGGGCGCGGAGGCGUCGACCAGCUCGCUGGCGGCAGAGGUGCUGACACCUUUGUCGUCUCGGAUGUGCCGUGUGAUGUGACAAUUCUCGACUUCGACACCGGCAGCACUCACGAUCGGGUGAACCUUGUCAGCUUCGCCUCACUCACGAAGAUGAGCGAUCUACAGGAGAGAAUGACCAGCGGCAGCGUGAUCCUCGACCUCGAUCCGAGCCACAGAGUGCGGAUCCUCCACCGGACACUUCAGGAGAUUUUCGACCCCAGAUACUUCCUGUUGACUAGUGAGCUCGAGACAGAGGGCGUGGCGAAAGACGAGGAAUGCGGCUGGUUCACCUACAGCCGACCUGAAUGUGUCGAUACAAUCCUUUCCAUCGUAUUGGGCAUCGUCGGUGUGGCCGGCCUGGGUAUUGGGACAUGGCAAGUCGUCCAUAACUUUUUGAGGCGGGGCCAGAAUCCGACACCAGAGGCGGGAGAGAAGCCGACAGAGAAGGAAGAGGGGAUGGAUCACCGGAAGCGAUCCAUAUCUGACACUCGAGACAGCCGCAAAAGGAGGUACCUUGAGACCAAAACCGAGCGGCGAGUCUUGGGAAGCGACUUUGUCCAGGGCCUGCAGGAGGAAAAGCCAUCAGGAGAUGAGAGCGGGUCGCGUGGAAGGGUGGAGGACGCUGCUGCGUCUGACCUUUCUUUUCUGUCGUACUUAUAAGACAAUUUUUUUUGCGUGUCGG